UUCCCGGAAUAGUGUGAUUGUGACCCAUUUUUUCCAUUUUUUUUUUUACCUGCGGAACUUUAUUACAAUAUGUGGGAACUAGAUAGAGUGUUGGCAGCAUUGCUAUGCAUGAUACAUAUAUGUAGGAGUGCUGCCCAUGAAAACUCAGGGAGUCCUCAAUUCUUACCCACAGAUUACAGACUUGCUCAUAUUAUCCUUGUAAAUAGUGAAGGCCGUUUCAUCUCCCAUUGGACAAGUGAUUCUCAUCGCCUUCAUCUAGCGGACCGUCAUCGUCGUAGCGUGGAACUAGACAAUCAUUUAUACCUCAACAUCACAUCGGGCAACGAAACCUUUCAUCUAAAACUAUAUCCCAAUUCUCAUUUAUUGGCCCCCGGGUUCAAAGUCUAUCUUCGACAUGGAAGUAACGUCACAAGCUCCAUGGAAACGGAAAGUUCUUUGCACACAGAUGAUUGUAUGUAUAGAGGGGACGUCACCUCCCAUUCUUCAACAGCGGCUGUGGCUCUCUGCCGCGGGGUGACAGGAGUAUUACAAUUACCAGAUGAAGAUUAUGUUAUUGAGCCCAUGGCUGAACAUCUCUAUAUAAAAAACACAUCUACCUCUCCCCACCAUCGUCAUGGGCACCAUCAUCACCAUGGAUACGGGCAGCCACAUGUCCUUUAUAAAAAGUCAGCUCUCCAAGGACAUGAACCUAUAUACUACGAGGCUCAAAAACAUGACCAAUAUUUAAAGCCAACAAGAACGAAACGAUCGUCUGAUUCCAAGAAUCUUCAGGAGAACUUGUCACAUGAUCAGCAACAACAGGAAAGUUUGUCACAUGAUCAACGACAUCAAGAAAGAUUGUCACGUGAACGACAACGUCAAGAAAGAUUACUGCAUCACGACCGACAACACCGUGAGAGGCUGUUAUAUGACAGACGUCGUCAGGAAAUGUUGCUGCGCGCUCGACGCCAACAAGAAAGGUCGAGGGCAGCGAAUGCUAGGCGUCAACAAGAUAGUUUAUCUAAUACGAAACGACAGCAGGGGUCGUCAUCUUCUGACCGGCGACGACAGGAGUUCUCGCGCACAAAAACCGUGGAAACACUCGUUGUCGUUGACCAACAUGUGUAUGUGAAACAUGGCCGCCAGAAUGUCACCACCUAUGUCCUCAGUAUGUUUAACAUGGUGUCCCAACUGUUUCUGGACGAUAGCCUUGGAUACAAAGUCAACAUUGUACUGGUGGGACUCAUUAUCAUGGAUGGAUCAGAGCCCGGACUUACCAUCAGUCACAAUGCUGACAAAACACUCAAUAGUUUCUGCCAAUGGCAGGCUGUGAUUGGUGGGAAGCGACAUCGACAGCAUGACCAUGCCAUACUCCUGACAGGACUGGACAUCUGUGCUCUUCGAAACGCUCCCUGUAAUACACUAGGAUUUGCACCUGUGAAGGGGAUGUGUAACAGGUUGAGGAGCUGUAGUGUUACGGAGGAUUCCGGACUGGCAACAGCGUUCACCAUCGCUCAUGAAAUCGGACACAAUUUUGGGAUGCUACACGACGGUACGGACAAUAUGUGUCGGCCGCACACUGGAACGAUUAUGUCUCCCACACUCAGCUCCAAGAGUGGCAUAUUUAAAUGGUCCCAAUGCAGUCGUAACUACCUCCAUAGGUUCUUCAAUACAAUCCAGUCAAGUUGUUUAGUCGACGAACCACAGGCGGUGGCUGAGUUAAAGUUCCCGGAUAAACUACCAGGAGAAAUCUUCAACGCAGAUACCCAGUGUCAGUGGCAAUUCGGAAAGCAUGCAAGUCUCUGCAUCUUUGACUUUGGAAAGAGGGAGAUUUGCCAGAAGCUAUGGUGUUACAAGGGCGGCAUGAUGUGUGAAACUAAGUUCCUCCCCGCAGCUGACGGCACCUCAUGUGGCGCCGGUAAGUGGUGUCGCCAGGGUAAGUGUGAGACGUAUGGUGUACAAGGUCCACUUCCGGUAAAUGGACAGUGGUCAGCCUGGUCCGAGUGGUCAGCUUGCUCCCGGACCUGUGGUGGAGGAGUGAAAAGUCGCAAGAGGCAGUGUAAUGACCCAUUACCACAAUAUGGAGGGGAACCAUGCAAGGGGAACGACAGCAUGAGUAAGCUGUGUAACUUACAGAGCUGUGGAGAGAACAGUGCUGACUUCCGAGGUGUCCAGUGUAAGGGGUACGAUGACAAAGCAUUCCGUGGGUGGCAUUAUAAAUGGAAACCAUACAAACGCAUCUUUGAUGUCCAGGAUCAGUGUAAGCUGUACUGUCAGGCCAACGGAUACAACUUCUUCUACGCCCUGGCUAAACAGGUGGUGGACGGCACGCGUUGUAACGACUACUCCAACGACAUAUGUGUCCAGGGCCAGUGUCGCUCCGUAGGAUGCGACCUUGUGAUUGGUUCCCCAGCCAAGAAAGACAUAUGUGGAGUGUGCAUGGGAGAUAACUCUACAUGUAAUGUGUUUGAGGGCAUCUAUGAAAGUCAACCAGAAAGAAAUCGAUACUUCCCCAUCGUAGUCAUCCCCAAGGGAGCACGUAGCAUCGUUCUACGCGAGACAUCAUUAUCCACAAACUACCUUGCUCUCCGUAAUAUCUUCGGUAAAUACUACCUAAAUGGGGACUGGCACUUGAGCACAGAGGGGUCCUACAUGGUUGGAGGGGCCAGAUUUAUUUACAAACGAAGCUAUCGAGAGCCGGAGAGACUGGAAUCUGGUGGACCACUCUCUGAGGACAUUGUCCUGGAGCUGCUGUCACAAGGCGUGAAUCCUGGGAUAUCGUACCAAUACGCCAUGCCCAAGGUUUUGCCCACGGUGUUUGCAGUUCCCCACAAUCACACCUGGAGCGUGAAGCUGACACAUUGUAGCGAGCUGUGUGCAGGUGGUGUCCAGACGUCCACUGCUCACUGUUAUCGUGAGGACGGGGAAGAGGUCAAUCCUCGUCUCUGUGACCCAAAGUCAAGGCCACACACAGGGGUGUCUUCCUGUAAUGUCAAACCAUGUACCCCAAGGUGGUUCACUGAGCCCUGGGGUGACUGUACAAAAUCGUGUGGGGGAGGGAAACAGAAGCGCCGAGUGUUCUGUCGCCAGAAAAUCUCACAGAAGGAGGACCGUAGAGUCAGUAAACGCCGCUGUGACAAAAAUAUCCGUCCUGCCAAGAAGAUUGCUUGUAACACACAAGAAUGUCCACCUGCUUGGCAUAUGAAAAAAUGGUCUGAGUGCUCAACAACAUGUGGUCCGGGCACGAAGACCCGAGAGGUGACAUGCCGCAGUCGUACCAGUCGCGGCCCGAUAGAUCUCCCGACCACCAUGUGUCAACACCAGCCGGCUGUUGCCACGACGAGGAAGUGUCAGGUGACCAAGUGUCCACCAAUCAUUACUUACCAAUGGAUUGUGUCAUCCUGGGCAGAGUGUUCAACCACUUGUGGCUCUGGGGUUCGCACACGGCAACUCAAAUGUGGCAAACAGAAAAACGGUCGUGGAUGGAAGAUGGAAAGCACCGCAAAAUGUCGGGAUGUCAUUCCCCCGGACAUUCCACUAAAAGAGGAGUGUCAGCUCCUAGCAUGCCCUGUAGAGGAGCAUCCAUUUUGGUUCUCAUCGCCAUGGUCACAGUGCUCAGUGACAUGUGGGGCCGGGAUACAGACUCGCCUUGUCCACUGUAUGGACAAACAGACACAGGGUUUAGCGUCUGGAUGUCCAGCCAGCACCAAACCAUUGUCCAGGCGGAGGUGUCAGACCACCACAUGUCCAACACCAGAUCCAUUGUGUAUAGACCAGUUUCAGUGGUGCCAUCUAGUGCCAAAACAUGAUAUAUGUAACCAUCAUUUCUAUGGGCGCAAGUGUUGUUUAUCAUGUAAAGCCAAAUCAUGACACAGUCGCCACGGAAACUAGACCAACUACAUCUUAGAACGGGACUAUUGUUGGCUUCAAUACCUUGCUGAAAGCACCAGUAUUUGGGAACAUGAAACUGUUAAAUCUCCAUGAAAAGUUCAGGCAUAGAUGCAGCUGAAGCAUCAAGAAGCUACCAAAUACUCUUGAAGGAUGCUUCAAAAGAGUGAGGAUGAUUGCGGCAACACCGGUGUUGAUGUAUACCAGGAUUGUAGAUAACAUUUCUUAUUAUCAUGGAAUUAGUCACCUGUAUGGUGCAAGGUCAAAGAUCAAAUUUACAAGAUGUCUUAGUUGUGAAUAAUGACUGAUCAUGAACCUCAUAAAAAGACACGGUCACGGUACCUUUUUCCCGAAAGAUUUGAGAAAACCAUAGCAAGGGAACCUUGAUGUUGAAAACUACUGAUGAAAACAGGUGGAAUUGUCAGAUGUCAAAUAUAGUCAGGGAUCCACGAAAAGUCCUUUACAAUACUGAACCAGAUAGUAAACAACAGAGAUUGGAGAUGUCUUGGAAAAAUUGUCAUGUCUGAUUGAAAUCUCAAAACGCAGUCACAGGUGUUCACCAGUUUGAAUUCAUAUUCUAGGAUGGUCCGGACCAAACCUUAAGUAAUCUAGUGCUACACCAAUCCUUCAUCAUCAGUGCCAUGUUUGACAUAAUGGUAUACUUACCAAAGUGCCUCCGAAUCAUAAGGAUAUGCUCUUGUAUAACUCAAGUGACGCCACAUCUAGGUAUAAAAUAAAUGCCACCAAUUGAAGGGAAGUAAUCUAUAAAUUCACAGGGUGGGGAUAAGUUUAAAAUGGAAUAUCCAUGUUCUAUAUUCAUUUAUUGUCCCUUACUUGGAAAUUGCAUUUUUCCUUAAACCUUCCUAAACGGGAAAUCCUUGGUCAGGAGAAAGAUUUUGAGAACUUUUUUGUAGACUGCAGUUAAAUGAACAAAUAUAUAUCAACUGUCAAUACCCAAAUUAGAAACUCAAAAUUCUAUUUGAAAAUCAAACAAAAGGAACUGAGGAGACAGAAAAACUAAAGGAAAGACAACAACAUGAGCUAGGAACACACCAAAACAAAAGGAAAGACAACAUAAAUGCUGAAAAAAUAACUAGUCAAAACCAUUGACAUCAUUAACCAAGGUAUUUGUAUAAAGAUGGUGGUAAGAAUAUAGGGGCAAAUGCACUAGGUAUGGUAUCAAAUAUGAUAUAGGUUGAAGGUUCAAGGCACAACCUAUCAUACUUGAGUUCACGAUGGGAAUAUGUUUUGUAUUUAUAUCAAUUAAUAGUGCACUGCCCAAUGAGCCCGAGGAUGCAUGCGAUGAGGAGAUAUCGGAUCAAAACAUUGUUUCAAGAGGUUAUUUACCCGUGUGUGUGUGCAUUAACAUUAUCUAUGAAAAGAGUUACAAGUAUACAUGUAGGUAUAUAUGUAAGAAGUGUCAGUGUGAUCAGCUGUGAAGGAAUUAAGCAUUGUUCUAAAGAUGUUAUGUAAAGAAAGAAUAUCAACAAGUUAACGAUAAGAUAAGUGUUAUUCCUGCAU